AUGAGUAUUGAAAACUUCCCUUCUCUUACCACGGAGGAGUUCUCAGAAGCAUGCCAUCACCUUGACAGGCAAUACUGCCAAGCGUCUUUGGGCCCCCAGCGAGGACGGUGGAAGCUGAGGCUCUGCAAUGCUCUUUGCACAGACUUCGCCUAUGGUGGGGGCUUCACAACAUAUAUCCAAAUAAGGCGGCCUCUCGAGCUUGAUCUGGAUCAUGGAGAUCUUUCACUAGAUUUGGAUGGAUUCUCCUUCUCAGACGACGAAACGCAUGUACCAAUAAGUGGAGAUAAGGAUAUGUUGGAUGCUGAAGAAGCAGACGAGGUCGCUCUAAUCAGACAAAGGACUCGCCCAGAAGUUGCCAUGGUGGAGUAUGAAAUUCACCUUCACCCCACAUAUCGUGUGCCGUGCCUAUGGUUCAAUCUACGCAACCUACCCGCCGAUGAGCCAGCAUUCAACAUCGACACCGUCUUUCGCCGCCUUGUACCAGACGAGUACAAGGCCGGGCUUCGAGCGCUGGGCAAUGUAGGCGGUAUUUCGGCUGAUCACCACCCUAUCACGGGCGUCCCAUCCUUCUUUAUCCACCCCUGCUUGCUGGGAGACGCAAUUUCCAAAUUCGAGUGCGACAGGACCAACUAUCUCAUGAUAUGGCUCGGACUUGUCGGAGGUUGCGUAGGGCUAUGGGUCCCUAAAGAAAUGGCAAUGUAG